CCAACAGCCAAUUACGACCCAACAUCGGCCGAAUGCUGGUUGCCAAUGGUGCAUUCAGGGCGCGUCAGCAAUUCUAGGUUGUCGCGCAAUACACCUCAUAAAGGACUCGCUGUACAAGUGGUUUUUACCUGAUUCUCCCCGCCUUUCGAUGGUCAUCUUUAGCACUUUCUCAACUUACAUUCAAGUUCGGAAGCCCUGAUGUUUGCUACUCGUUGGCACUGACUCGGUGUUUUAAACUCACAUGGGCUUACGUUACUCAAAGCAACGACACAAACCCCGAAUCAGCAAGUCGCAGAUCCCAUGGCUGCUGCGCGGUGCUAUUCGCAGCAACAAUGUGGAAACAUUGCAGUACUUAUUCAGCUAUCCGAAUAAAGUUGAUCCAAGCAUGGUAAUCGACGGUGUGUGUCCUCUGAACCUGGCUGUUGAGCUGGGACACCUACAGAUGGUCAAGAUCCUUAUCAAAGCUGGCGCCGAUAUCUUUGUUGCCGACGCACCGCGUUAUCCGCUCCAUCAGGCAAGCCUUUACGGGCGCGGACCCAUAGCCGAAUUGCUUCUCCGUUCGGGUGCGUCCAUCUCCGCUCUCACCGAACGGCGACAAUCUUGUCUACACUUGCUAGCCCAUCAGUCCGCGGAGCGAUUCGUCGAAACAGCCCACGUAUUAAUGCGUCACAAUGCAAAUCCGAACACACUUGAUGAUGACGGACUUGCACCAUUACAUCGUGCAUCAUCGGAGAUGGUUCAUGUCCUUACCUCAUACGAGGUCACAGACCUUAACAUUAGUAGUCGUGACGGCGAUACACCACUCUUGACUGCUGUCAAGGAUCGUCGGGAGGCGGUCGUUCUCAGUUUGUUGAAUGCAGAUCAACACUUACGGGAACAGCAGCAACAACAACAGCCGGAAGAAGCACGUCAGCAUCAGACAACGAAACCCAAGAACUCCGUUUGUCGCACAGGCUCAGCUACUGCGAAUGAAACUUCAGUGCACUACCCAACCAUUAGGACAGCGUCCGCCAAGUCGUCAAACUCUGCAACAUCCCGGCUCACGCUAGCUUCGGCAGCCAGUGCAGUAUUCCGUAUUGCGAGCGGUUUCAACGAUUUUACCGUUAUGCGUUCCUCUUCGGCUGCUGCAGUCAAUGUACAUUCAGUGGGUCAUAAGGCGGGAUCGAAGGUUUUCAAACCUCCUUGUUCUCCGUCCUCUCCACCAGUUUGCGAUGAGAUGGACGUGAAGGUGGUCGAAGCGCGCCUAUCAGCGCAGCAGCAACUCGUGAGUGCAAAACACUUCAAAACUCAACCAAACGAAUUGGAUGUGGGGUCACCACCCAGCAGGCGUCCUGCUGUUGCCUCGAGUUAUAGUGGCAGUGCCAAUUUGUUUUGUGCUUUCCGGAAAACGGAUCAGUGUCAAAGAUGUCAUAGCAUGGGUAAUCCUGGUGAUAUCAGCGGGUGGUGGCAAAGUUGUGACCGGCUCCAGCGUUUGCUAACAAAGGCCACCUCUUCCAUGCAUUCAUCAAAUAUCGCUGCAGCUUCCCGUCAGGUACCUCCUCAAACUAGUGUUCGACCCCUACUGGAUUUGGAUAAACCAGACAAGCUGGGUGAGUCGAUUUCUCCACUAAAUCGUAUGACAGCACUGAUGAUCGCCGCAGAGGCUGGAAAUAGCGGCUUGGUAAUGGCGAUGGCUCUUAUCGCCGCUGGCUGUAAUGUGGCUGCUACAGACAAAGUAGGCAUGACUGCGCUUCACCAUGCCUGUUACGUUGGAUCGUUGAAUAUGGUUCGAUUUCUGUUAGAACGUGUUCAACCGACCACCGGCUCAAACGGAAAGCUGACCAGUUCUCCCCAGCUCUACAGUGCUGCUCAGCUUUCAUGCAAUACUUCCGGUGCUAACGGUCGAUUUUUUUGUGCAGAUUUGUUGGACACUCAAUCACUCUGUCAUUUACUUACAAUGGCAGGUAUGACAGCACUGAUGAUCGCCGCAGAGGCUGGAAAUAGCGGCUUGGUAAUGGCGAUGGCUCUUAUCGCCGCUGGCUGUAAUGUGGCUGCUACAGACAAAGUAGGCAUGACUGCGCUUCACCAUGCCUGUUACGUUGGAUCGUUGAAUAUGGUUCGAUUUCUGUUAGAACGUGUUCAACCGACCACCGGCUCAAACGGAAAGCUGACCAGUUCUCCCCAGCUCUACAGUGCUGCUCAGCUUUCAUGCAAUACUUCCGGUGCUAACGGUCGAUUUUUUUGUGCAGAUUUGUUGGACAUUCAAGACAAAUACGGUCGAACUCCCAUCUACCUGGCCGCUUGUCGUGGCCACACCGAGGUCGUUAACUAUUUGUUGGGAUUGUCGGCUGACUUUCACAUCCCCAACAAAGAACACAAGUCACCCUUGUAUAUCAGUGCCUAUUUUGGCUAUUUGGAAAUUACUAAUACUUUGCUUCGUCAUGGAGCGCAGGUCGACCAGGUGGACUCGCAUCGCAAAACCCCACUUUACGUAGCUACGUACCAUGGUCGUUCUGAAAUUGUGGAUCUUCUCCUAGCUGCAGGGGCGAACGUUAAUUCAGCCGAUAAGAACGGCAAAACUCCCUUGUAUGUGGCUGUGCUCCAUGGACAUUUGGCUCUUGCUCAAAAAUUACUCAACGCUGGUGCUUCUGUGAACCGUGUUGACCGUGAGGGUUUGGGUCCGCUGCAUAUGGCUGUCAAAUUUCCCAAACUUGACAUUCCAAUGGUGAAACUACUGUUGAACUACGGCUGUGAUCCAGUCAAUUUGGCUAGCUUUACACGCUGGCUUUUGGUACAUGGAAUUAUACCGCAGGAGUGCAUCCACGGGGAUGAUGAACUGGCUAGUUGGCUUCACUGGGAAGAACGUAACGUGCGUUCUCUUAAGCGUCUUUGUCGCGUCGCAAUCCAGCGAGCUUUGGGAACCACCGAUUCCGUGCGUUGGAAGAUUCGUCGACUGCCGUUGCCCGAAAACCUUUUGUCCUACGUCUCAAUGAAAGAGCUGUGAUUAGCUAUUGUGAAUCAGUUUUCAUUGUGUUGUUUUAACUGCCUCUUGCGCGACGGCCAUAGUGCAUUUCUCAUCUGGAAUAGGGGUUAUCAGAGUCAUGAUCCGAAGUUAUUACUUUUCUUAUCGUGGGUGUUGUUUUUAAUCGCUUUCAUACUCCGUUGUUAUUGUCCACUUUUUCCUCUUCUUCCUAUCAUCUCAUGUUCUCAGUCUCCGCCCUCAGUGUAUCUUUAGGCGUUCGGUGAAAAUAUAAUUAUUUGACGGAGCCGAACAGUUUCGCAAAUGCUUCACCUUCUUUGUGUUCAGUACUUCUGUUUUCUAGGUAUUCAAUCUGUUUGACCCCUUCGCUGAAUUUUUCUUCAGCAUGGUUGGCUUUAUCAAGUGUGCAAUACCACAGUGUCAUGAUUCCACUUAACACAGUAAAUAAAGCAUAUUAUGCCAGGUGUCC